AUGGCUUCCACAAAUCCUCUUACCAAAGUUGCAAGGCAGCACGAAACAACAUGGACACAGCUUCACAAAAGAAUUGCAGACAUUCCUUUUCAGUUUGAAGAAAUUUUUCCCGAGGAUAUAGCGACAUUUCUUCGCCACAAAGCUGCUUCCCUCAACAGUUCCAUUGGCUAUUUAAUACCUUCCUUACUGACCACCACAGCAUUCUUGUCCGCCAAAAACGGAUGCACUGUCCAGGCACUAACACACAAGCAACCAAUAAACAUGUAUACUAUAUUUGUUGGUUAUCCUGGCACCGGAAAAUCUUCAGCGAUACAGUAUGGCUGCUUACAACCUAUUGCUGAUUUGUUUGAGAAUGACAAUCCCUCAGUUUUAAUUGACAGAACAACGUCUUCCGGUUUAGUUAAACAACUGGCUACAAAGCAGAGUGGAUAUUUAGUCUCGCCAGAGGUCUUUGAUGUCCUAAACAAACUGUUAAAAAACAAUGAGGACAACGCGAGUGGUGACGCGAUGUUAUUGUGCAAGCUGUUUUCUGGCGAAGCAACCUCCUACAGUUACUCAACCGAACAGGCUCGUGAAAUUCCAAGUAACACCCCAUUCUCCAUACUUGGUUGUACCCAGAUGCCAAAUACUGCCAAAUUAAUUGCUAGAAUGGACCACGGCCAGGGUUUGAUCGACCGAUUCUUAAUCACUGUUCCCUUAGCACUUUGUCCAACAUCAGCCGAAGUUGAAACAGCUCGGGAAUACCUAACCACCGAACCAGAAGACACGAUAAAGCAGGUGUUUCAGUACAUUAAUGACUGCCAACAACUCCAAACCCUUCCAUAUACGUUCGACGAAGACGCCAAACAGUUAUUGAAAUCCAGGAAGGACCACUUCAUUGCCGAAGUUAAUGAUGCAAUCAAAGACAGCUCUGUUCUCCCACCUAAAUCGAAGCAGCUCGACCUAAUUCCAAGACUCGCUAUAGCUCUUCACAUAUUCACUGUUGCCCUCAACAAUUUACUUGCAGGUUAUGCCGAAGUAGACAUCUCAACUACAAUACCAUUGAACACGUUACAGUGCGCUGUUAGAUAUGUGGACUAUGUAGAGUUGCAGAAGCACAUGUUAUGCCAAGUAAGUUUGACACAAUUAAAUACCUCAUAA